AUGGCCAUGAUGCACCGGUUCCACAUCUGUGAGGGCAAUGUCACUUACAACAGCCGCUUCCUUAGAAGUGACUCAUAUGUCCGCAAUUCAGAGAAGAACCGCAUUGUGGUUUCAGAGUUCGGUACACUAGCCAUGCCAGAUCCCUGCAAGAACAUCUUUGCACGAUUCUUUUCACGCUUUACGAUCCCUGGUAUGUCAGCAGCAGCCACAGAUAACGCCAGUGUGAACUUUGUCAAGUACAAGGGAGACUAUUAUGUCAGCACAGAAACCAACUACAUGAGGAGAGUAGAUCCACAAAGCCUGGAGACGAAGGAGAAGGUGGACUGGAGUCAGUAUAUUGCUGUCAAUGCAGCUACAGCUCACCCGCACUAUGACCGUGAAGGAGCCACAUACAACAUGGGCAAUUCCUAUGGCAGAAGUGGUUUUUUCUACAACAUCAUCCGUGUGCCUCCUCCUGGGGAAAAGGCCGCAAAGGAGGACUCAGCAGACCUUACUGGAGCCCAAGUGGUCUGCUCCAUUCAAGCAUCGGAGUCCAGGAAACCUUCCUAUUAUCACAGCUUUGUCAUGUCAGAGAACUAUAUUGUGUUUGUUGAGCAGCCGAUCAAGCUGGACCUGCUGAAGUUCAUGCUGUUCAGAAUAGCGGGAAAGAGCUUUCACAAAAUCAUGUCCUGGGAUCCUCAGUGUGAAACCAUCUUCCACCUGGUCAACAGGCACACUGGAGAGGUGCACGAAGUGAAGUACCACACAGCACCCAUGUUCACGCUGCAUCAGAUCAAUGCUUUUGAGGACAAUGGGUUCUUGGUUAUGGACAUGUGCUGUGGGGAUGAUGGUGAGGUCAUCGCGGACUUCACCUUGGAAAACCUGCGAAGAGACGCAGGAGAGGAAAUGGACAAGUUCUACAACUCAAUGUGCAGAAACCUCCCAAGGAGAUAUGUCCUACCUCUCAAAGUGGAUGAAGAAACUCCUUUGGACCAAAACCUUGUCACUCUGCCUAACUAUAAAGCCACAGCGAAGAUGACAAAGCCUGGAGAGGUUUACAUGACCCACGAGGAGCUUCACGACGAUGAGCUGCUGCAGUACGGCGGCCUCGAGUUCCCUCAGAUCAAUUAUGACCAGCACAACGGCAGACCUUACCGCUACUUCUACGCCUGUGGCUUUGGACACGUCUUUAGCGACUCCCUGCUCAAGAUGGAUGUCCACACCAAGGAGCUUAAGGUGUGGCGUUAUCCUGGCUUGUUCCCGUCUGAGCCUGUCUUUGUUGCUUCGCCCAAAGCUACCGAGGAAGAUGAUGGAGUGGUCUUGUCAGUCAUCAUCACACCCAGAGAGGAGAAAAGUACUUUCCUGCUCGUUCUGGAUGCCAAGACCUUCACCGAGCUGGGCAGAGCAGAGGUGCCUGUCAAUAUCCCAUACGGGACCCACGGCGUGUUCAACCAGAUGGGCUAGGUGCAACACUGUUUGCAGCCGUGUGG